GUCUUUUGGGCCCCGGCCCCUCCCAGCCCAGCGCCCAUGAGUGCCCGGGCGCCCAAGGAGCUGAGGCUGGCACUGCCGCCGUGUCUCCUCAACCGGACCUUGGCCGUCCCCCACGCCGGCAGCGGUGGUAAUGCGAGUGCCCGCAGCCCAGGCGCCAGCGGGACCUGCAUCACGCAGGUGGGACAGCAGCUCUUCCAGUCUUUCUCCUCCACGCUGGUGCUGAUUGUCCUGGUCACCCUCAUCUUCUGCCUCAUCGUGCUGUCCCUCUCCACCUUCCACAUCCACAAGCGCAGGAUGAAGAAGCGGAAGAUGCAGAGGGCUCAGGAGGAGUAUGAGCGGGAUCACUGCAGUGGCAGCAACGGCAGGGGGGUGUCCCGGGCGGGGCCCCCGGUCCAGGCCCAGGCCUCAGUCCCAGUGAAAGAAACGCGGCUGGAGAGGCAGCCCCGGGACUCUGCUUUCUUUGGCCCCUCGGCCUCGGUCUCCCCCAGCCUCCCAAGCCAGGGCUCCUGCCCUCCUCCCCCUCCACCACCUGUCCCCAGUCCUCAAGGGGCACACUCAGCCUCCUCCUGUUUGGACACAGCUGGUGAGGGCCUUUUGCAAACGGUGGUACUGUCCUGACUGUCUGAUCCCCCUUCCUCCUUUCCAGAACCUUUGCCACCCUGGAUCUCCUGCCUUUGUCCUCCCUGCCCCUGACCUCUCUUCUCUCUCCUCUCGCCCGUCCCCCCUACCCGAUUCUGCUUCUCCUCUGCCGAGGCACUGUGCGGUAUUUGUAAAUAUUGGGCAAGGAAAGUCUCGGAAGAAGAAAUAACGCUGAUAACAAUACUUUAUUAUAUUUAUAGUAAUUAUUAUACUACUACUAACACAAUCCAAGCGCAUGACAAAUCACCCAAUUUCUCACUGUCCAUGAAGGAUAAUUCUUCCCCCUCCACCCGGCGCCCGCCCCCCCCCCCCCCAGUUUGGAGGAGAAACCGCUUUAGCUACCAAAUAUAUAAAAGGCAUCGCACCCCAGAGUGAAGGGAGUGGAGAGGACCGUGUGUUGUACAUAGCUGACAAGUUAAGGUUCAGUUACCUACCUCCCCACCCCCAAGCUUUCACUUCUCCUUGGGUGUCCCCCACACCCCCACCCUUAGCCAGGCUCAGGCAAUAGUAUAGUUUAAAGAAAAUGUCUGCUUUAAGCACCAGGACUACAAGAGGCCACAAAAAAUGGUCCCAGAAAAACAUUUAUGGCAGGUAUCGCUGUCUCCUUCAUUAACCAUUCCCUUAUCCGGGAGUAGGCAUUUUUACUUGUAGAAGUGCCCCUCGCUGG